CUGAUUGAGCAGCCCACCACAGCUGUUUUUCCCUGUGCAAUCCCUGUACCUGUAGUGGACUAAGAGGAAGAUGGUGGAGGAUCUGAAGAGAAAGCUACUCUUUGUCCUUGCUGUCCUCUUGCUGCUCAGCUCAGCACAAGCAGGGGGUACAGACAGACUCGCAGGGCAUCACUGCACUGACUUCCAGACAGCAAAUCUCCUUCUGGGCAGUAAACUUAAGGUCCAGUUUCUUCUAUUCACCUCCUCAAGCCCCAGCUGUGGCGAGCUGAUCUUAGCUAAUGACAGCAUCAAGAACUCCAGCUUCAACAGCAGCUUGGAAACCAAGAUCAUAAUCCAUGGCUUCCGGGCUUUGGGUACCAAACCUUCCUGGGUUGAUGGGCUUGUCCAUGCCAUACUGCACACAACCCAGGUGAACGUGAUUGCAGUAGACUGGGUUUAUGGGUCUACAGGAGCUUAUCCCUCCGCAGUGGAAAAUGUCACACAGCUGGCCCUCUCCAUCUCACAAUUCAUCAGCAAGCUCCUGGCCCUGGGAGUUUCAGGAACAUCCAUCCACAUCAUUGGGGUAAGCCUUGGUGCACAUGUCGGGGGCCUGGUGGGGCACUUCCAUGGCGGUCAGCUGGGACGGAUAACAGAUAUCUCCCUGUGCAGGAAAGCAAAUGGUUCAGGAACUGGAAUGAACAGCCCUUUUCCAAAACUGCUGAAGAGCAAUUGUUUCAAUACUUGCAGAGGCCUGGAUCCCGCAGGCCCUAAGUACACCAGAGCCAGCCCUGAGGAACGCCUGGAUCCUGGGGAUGCCCUCUUCGUGGAAGCCAUUCAUACUGAUGCUGACAAUUUCGGGAUCCGGAUUCCUGUAGGCCACAUCGAUUAUUUUGUCAAUGGAGGCAAGGACCAGCCAGGAUGCCCCCGAUUCAUUUCUGCAGGCUAUAAGUAUCUGAUCUGUGAUCAUAUGAGGGCAGUACAUCUCUAUGUCAGUGCCUUGAAACAUUCCUGUCCGAUGAUGGCGUUCCCCUGUGCAAGUCAUCAAGAGUUUUUAAAUGGUCAUUGCCUGGACUGUGUUGACCCUUUCCUGUUCUCCUGUCCCAGAAUAGGCCUGCUGAAGCAGGCAGGAGUCAACAUGAGAAAGUUGCCCAAGGAAGUGGAAGUUUAUUUAAUGACCAGUCCUUCAGCCCCAUUCUGUGCCCAUCACAGCCUGGUUGAGUUCCACUUGCAGAAGAAAAGAAACAGAGUCACCAGCAUUGAGAUCGCUUUCUUUAGCAACAGCACCAAGGACACAGUGAAGAUCACCAUACCUAAGCACCAGGAGAUGGGCAAACGGCUGCUGGCCCAUAGAGUUCCCCUCUGCCAGAUAAACAGCGUGACACUGAAGUAUCUCUCCAAGAAUCAUUUUUGGAAGAAGGAUGAGUCAUUCAUUGUUGGCAAGUUCUGUGCAGCCCCGCUGCCUCUUGAUAGCAACAGGACAAUGUCAUGCCUGCCCUGGAACCUCACCCUCCCCACCAACAUGGACAUCUCCUACGAGCUGCCCAUUGCUUGUGCCUAGCACUGGCUUCGGAGCAUGCAGGCGUACCCAGAACUGGAAAGGCGCUCCAAACCUAUUGCUGCUCACUGCUCACACAUACUUUCACCACAAAACUGGAUGGGUUUUUUUACUUCCCGCAUUAGGGACAGGAUGCCAAGGAAAAGAACUGUGCAGCAGAUUGGUUACAUCAGUUCAAAGACUUGCACCUUAGGUAUACUGUACCCGGCUCUGCAAGUGAGAUGGGCAAGUCAUUUAAGCUCAAGGUUCAGAGCUGUAUGAAAGAAGAUGAUGAUAUCACUCUUCCUACAACAGAAGUAUUGGGAUGAUUAAUUUGUAUUUUAUAUCAAAGUGCCCUGAGAAUUUCUUAUUAAA